GUUCAAAAUGAAUGAAUCGUUCAUGAACGACACAUCACUAUUCGACACAACAACUGUUCAACCGUUCGAGUCUGGUAGUAGAGACGCGGUGAUUACUCUGUAGUGGGAUGGCCUGAACAUGUAAAUAGAUACGAGGCGUAAUAUGCCAGUUCUGUUGUUGUUAAUUCCGUUUUAUGAUUCUUAGAAGAAAGAAAUAAUCGGAUCACAGCUUCCCAAAAGCUGCAGGCCAAGUUGGGGAAGUGACAGAUUUCAGUCAAAAGCCAACAACAGUCACCCAUACUCCUUCAUCCAGGACCAUGGAUGAGGAGGGACAGCAGAGUCUGGAGUGUGUCCAGGCCAAUCAAAUCUUCCCAAGAAAGCCCCCUGUCCUGGAUGAGGAGGAUCUACGGGUGCCUUUCCCAGAGCUGCAUGGAGAGUUUACAAAGUAUGUGGGGAGGGCAGAGGAUGCAGUCAUUGCCAUGUCCAGCUACCGCCUACAUGUCAAUUUCAAAGAGUCUAUAGUCAAUGUUCCUCUGCGGCUGAUAGAAAAUGUGGAAUGUCGGGACAUGUUACAACUCCAUAUCACAUGCAAGGACUGCAAGGUCAUAAGGUGUCAGUUCUCUACAUUUGAGCAGUGUCAGGAGUGGCUGAAGAGGCUUUCCUUAGUGACACGGCCACCCUCUCACCUGGAGGAGCUUUUCUCUUUUGCUUUUCAUGCCUGGUGCAUGGACUCCUAUUGCGGUGAGAAGGAGCAGCACACUGAGCUCUGCAGGCCAGGAGAACAUGUUAUCUCGCGGUUUCACAGUGAGGUUGAACGAAUGGGCUUUGACACUCAUAAUGCGUGGAGGGUAUCAGAGAUCAACAAUAAAUACAAGCUGUGUUCCAGUUACCCACAACUACUUGUUGUGCCAUCCUGGAUCACCGAUAAGGAGCUGGAGAACGUGGCAGCCUUCCGCUCCUGGAAAAGGUUUCCGUCUGUGGUCUACAGGCACCAGAGCACAGGCGCAGUGAUAGCGCGCUGUGGCCAGCCAGAGGUGAGCUGGUGGGGCUGGAGGAAUGCAGAUGACGAGCACUUGGUGCAAUCUAUUGCUAGAGCAUGUACCAUGGACAGCAGCUUAUCCAAAACAUUCAUUAAUCGCUCAUUCUCUCGUGACUACCUAAAUGGGACCGAUCUCUCAGAUGUUGGCUUUGACUCCUCCAUGACAAACAGUUCGGAGGUGGAAUCCUUGGCUAGCCAACCUCAUAAGCUCCUGAUUUUGGAUGCCAGGUCUUAUGCUGCUGCAGUGGCCAACAGGGCCAAAGGAGGAGGCUGUGAGUGUCCAGAAUACUACCCUAACUGUGAAGUGCUCUUCAUGGGCAUAGCUAACAUCCAUUCCAUUCGCAAGAGUUUCCAGUCUCUGCGAUUCCUCUGUGCUCAGAUGCCUGACCCUGCCAACUGGUUGUCUGCUCUAGAGAACACUAAGUGGCUGCAGAACUUGUCUCUACUGCUGAAGGCUGCAUUGUUAGUGGUGAACGCUGUGGAUCGUGACCACAGGCCUGUGCUAGUGCACUGCUCAGAUGGCUGGGAUCGCACUCCACAGAUAGUGGCACUGUCCAAACUCCUGUUGGACCCUUACUAUCGCACAAUAGAGGGUUUUCAAGUUCUGGUAGAGAUGGAAUGGCUGGACUUUGGUCACAAGUUUGCUGACCGCUGCGGACAUGGAGAGAAUGCAGAGGACCUGAACGAGCGAUGUCCAGUGUUCCUUCAGUGGCUGGACUGUGUGCACCAGCUCCAGAGACAGUUCCCCUGCUCAUUUGAGUUCAAUGAGGCCUUUUUGGUGAAACUGGUGCAGCACACGUACUCGUGUUUGUUUGGCACAUUCUUGUGUAACAAUGGGAAGGAAAGAGAAGACCAACACAUCCAAGAGAGGACCUGCUCUGUGUGGUCUCUGCUGCGCCCAGCGAACCGCUCCUUCAGAAACAUGCUCUACUCAUCACUCUCAGAGACUGUUUUGCACCCUGUGUGCCAUGUGCGUAACCUGAUGUUGUGGAUUGCAGUGUACCUGCCCAGCUCAUCUCCCACAACACCCUAUGAUGAAUCCUGUGUCUCCUUCUCUCUGUCUGGUAUGAGCCCUGAAGUCCAGCCUUUAGUCAGGUGUCCCAAAACCCGAUCUUUUGAUAACUUGCCCAGUGCAUGUGUAGUUGGAAAUUCCCUGCCCUCUAACAGACGUUCCAGUGACCCCAGCCUGAAUGAGAAGUGGCAAGAGCAUCACAGACCACUGGAACUCAACAUAGUGGCAGGACCUGAUGGCACCAUACUGCAGGACAAAGAGGGGUGGCCAAAUGGCCAGUUGAUGGCUGGACUUAACAUAGCUACACUGGAUAGGGAGACAGAGGACUGGGAGUGUUCUCAAGAUAUCAACUGUGUAAGGUUGCCUUUGGGUGAGGGAGUGGAGACUGAGCUUUCAGUGGACAUUGCAAUGGGACAGAUAGAAAAUAUUUUGCAAGAGGCUCCUGCGGUCAGCCAAAAAGAUUCUAAAGCAGAGUAUACUAACAAUCCUGAUAUUUCCAGUGGUACUGAAAAUAAAAAUGGCACUAAUACUUAUUUGACUGUGGAUGAGAAAAAUGCUAUUGCCAAUAGCUUUGAGGUGCCUCAAGAUGUUUAUGUUGAAGGUGACAGUGUUGAAAGUCCAGAUGAGUCAAAAUUCAGUAAUGUUCAAUGCCAAAGUUCAGUGCUGAAUAAGAAAUCAUGUGAUUCAGUGAUUCAUUUAGUUCAUGCCCCAGAUGGAGUGAAAGCCACUGAGAACCAGGAAUCAGUCCAGAUUGUGGAAGAAGUUUUGGACAAAUGCACAACAGCGGUGGCCCAAAAUCUUCACAGCAGUUUUAAUACUACUUACUCUCCCUCUACUGCCAACAGGAUUUUCAAUAAUGGAUAUGGGGAAGAGGUAAACAAGGAGCACAAAGUACUCUGUCCAGUUCCAGAGACUACCAGGCCUGUUACAGAGUUGGCUGAGAAGCAUCUUUCUAUUCUGGAAAGCUCCACAGAAACCCUCACUGAAGAUUUGGGCAUCCGUUCAGAGACUCUUGUACCCAUGACCGUUUCUACACAGCCCAAAACCAAACACACAUGCCUCAACCAUAGCCCUGAGUCAGAUACUGAGCCACAAAGUGCUCCCAGAAUGCUAAACAGCACCUGCAAGCAACAAACCCUCAGUGGCUUCCCUCUCACUUUUGCUUCUGCUAAACCACUCCACACCAUGUGUAACAGUGACUCCUCCAACCCUGAUCCUUCCACCCCUCAACAGUCUCUUCUGAGUCGCCAGCUGUCUCUGGCCAGCUGUAGCUGCUCUAUUCAACGCUGCACGCAUUCUGGCCACAGCCACCUUGAUGACGAUGGCCUCACACUGCACACAGAUGUUGUGCAGCAGCGCCUGCGCCAGAUCGAGGCUGGCCACCAACUUGAGGUUGAGGCACUGAAAAGGCAGGUGCAAGAGCUGUGGAGCCGGCUGCAGAACCAAUAUGCCACCACAGCACAGCGCUGCCUCAGUGGAGACCUGGGAGAUGAAAUGAUCUCAAUUGCAGACUCAGACUUUAACCUGGACCCAAACUGCCUAUCACGCUGCAGCACAGAGCUCUUCUCAGAGACCAGCUGGGAACAAGUGGACAGACAAGACACUGAGGUGACCCGGUGGUAUCCUGAUCAUCUGGCUGUACAGUGUUAUGGCUGUGAGAGAGGAUUUUGGCUGGUCACUAGGAAGCAUCAUUGCAGAAGCAAGGAGUGUGUGGAGGAGGCUUGGUGAGAAAGACACCCACACUCUCUUACUCUUUUCUUAAUAAACUCUUUACUGUUCUUUUAAUCACAUACUGCUUUAUAAUGAAAAUUCCCUUGCUGUCACCCUUUCUUUUGGCUAAAGCCUCUCUUUCACCCCUUCUUUUGGCUAAAGUUCAGUAUCGGAAGUCUUGCACAUAAAUAUUGCAGGGAAUUACUUUGGAGAUUGGGGUGUCUGCAGUUCUCUUCUUUUCAGUUGCAUUUGAAAUUUUGAACUGAUCAGAAUUUUUUUUUUUGAAAGAGUAGACUAUGCACAAAUGAAAAUGUGAUGGAACUUUGUGAAUGCUCUUUGGGUUUGUGUUGUAUGAAAUCCCCCAAAUGAGAAAAGUCUUUAAAAGACAUCUAAUGAGUUAAAAGAUAUACCUGAAUACAAAAAUUUAUUAUAAAAUAAGCUAAAAAUAAAAAGUUUCUAAUAUCACGAGUCAAUAAAAUAUAUUAGAAAAUAACUGUAUUUUACUCUUACAUUUACUGCCCCGUUAUUGUUUUUCAACUUCUUACUUGAAAUCUGAGAGGGUGCAUGGUUAUUUUUGGUUUGCUUCACGAGUGACCACUCAUACACAGACCUUUGAGAGUUGUGGUGUUUUUGCACCUUCUGGUCCUUGCUAUUGGUUAAUUAACCUAAAAUGUGUUUCUGGUAAAUUUGCAUGUGGUUGUACUACAACCCCUGGCAAAUAAUUAUGGAAUCACCGCUCUUAGAGGAUGUUCACCCGGCUUUUUUACUUCGUAGCAAAUAAAUAAAUCACAGAUAUGAGACAAAAUAUUUGUGUAAUAGAUAGAAUAUUUGUGUAAGAGGAUAGAAAACUCAAAGCAAUAUGCCUUAAAAAUAGGAAAUGUACAACAAAACAAAUGAAAAACAAAUGUGCCGAAACAGGAGUCAAAACCAAACGAAAACCAGCACUAGCACCUGAACAGAAGAAAACAAGGUUACAGUGGGCUAAAGAGAAGCAAUCAUGGAGUGUGGAUGAUUGGAUGAAAGUGAUAUUCAGUGAUUAUGAUGCUGGAAGUUUUGUCUGGUGCCGUCCUAAGGAAACAUAUACAGAUGACUGCCUGAAGAAAUCAAUUAAAUUUCCUCACUCAUUUAUGAUAUGGGGUUGCUUGUCAGGUAAAGGAACAGGGGAGACUUUAUCAGUCAAUGCACAGGUAGGGUUGAAAAUUUUGACACUUUUCUCAUUAUAUCGAUAGAAAAUAGGUUUGGUGGUGAUGAUAAUUUUUCAGGAUGAUAAUGUAUCUUGCUACAGAGUAAAGAGUGUUAAAGCUUUUCUUCAGGAAAGGCAUAUCAACUCAAUGACAUGGCCAGCAAACAGUAUAGAUCUCAAUCUGAUUGAAAAAUUUAAGGGUGAAAUUGGUCCAUGAUAAGGCUCCAUCCUGCAAAGCUGAUCUGUGAAACGCUAUUUGAGAAAGUUGGAACCAGUUUGAUUGAGAAUAUUGUUUUUCAUUAGUGUAGUCCGUGCCUCAAAGAAUGUAGGCCGUCAUAAAAUCCAGAGGAAAAGCAACCAAAUACUAAUUGUGAUUUUUUGUUGUUGUUGAUGAUGAUUCCAUAAUUCUUUCCUCUACUUUAUCUGGAAAAAAAUAUGCAAUUAAUUAAAAAAUAAUUAAUUUAACUUGUUUGAGGUAUGUUUCCUGAAGCUAUAUGUUCAGCUAUUAAACAAAAAAAUAUUUUGUGUCAUAUCUGUGAUUUGCUAUGAAGUAAAAAAGCCGGGUGAGCAUCCUCUAAGUGUGGGGAUGCGAUCAUUUUUAUAGAUAUUGGAUAUUGGAAUAGCAAGGCCAAUUGUUUUGUUUUUGCUAUACACUGAAGACAUUUGGUUUGAAAUCAAAAGAUGAAUAUGAGAUGAUCGAUCAGAAUUUCAGCUUUCAUUUCCUGAUAUUUACAGUAGAUAUAAAAAGUCUAGACAGCCCUGAUGAUCAAUCAUGUCUUAUCUUUUCCCACCUUUAGUGUGAAAUUGCAAAGUAUACAAAUAAAGUGAAAAACAAUCAAACAUUUUUAGAUUAAAUUGUAAGGGCAUUUAUUUGUAAGGGCAUCUCCUGUGCACAAACUGCUUCAGGUCCCCCACAGAUUUUUAGUUGGAUUCAGGUCAGGGCUCUGGCUAGGUCAUUCAAAAACAUUGAUCUUCUUUUGGUUAAGCCAUCCCUUUGUUGAUUUGGAUGUAUGCUUCGGGUCAUUGCCAUGCUGAAAGGUGAAAUUCCUUUUCUUCUUCAGCUUACUAGCAGACACCUGAAGGUUUUGCACAAAAAUUGACUGGUAUUUGUAGCACUUCAUGAUUCCCUCCACCUUGAUAAAAGCCACGGUUCUGGCUGAAGAAAAGCAGUCCUAAAACACCAUGCUUCCACCACCAUGCUGCACAGUGGGUGUACUGUUCUUUUGGUGCAGUGCUUAUUUUUGCAGCAAACACAUCUUUUGGAAUUAGGGUAUUAUAACUUUUUGGAAUUGGUGUCAUCAGACCAUAGCACAUUUCCCACAUGGUCUGGGUGAUUUAGUUGAACUUGGACCCCAUAGCCCAGAAUUUUAAGACUAAUCAGAAUAAAUUAUUUGAUGGCAGUUGUAGGAUGGUUAUUUUUGAACAUGAGAUUGGCUGUGUACACAGCCACAUCUCCAAUUAUAAAAGGGUGUUCACGCUUAUGCAACCAGGUUUUUUAAUAUCGUCAAGACAGUCCAACAGUGGUUGAAUGGAGUCACCAGCUUUCAAUGGUAUGUACAACUGGGUAUCAUCAGCAUAUAAAUGAAGAGACAUUGUGUGCCCUAAUAAUAUUCCCCAACGGAUGCAUAAGUUAAAAAGAAGUGGACCCAGAAUGGAGCCUUAAGAUACACCACUAAUAAUAGGAGCGGAAGAUGAGGAGAAAUUACCCAACGCUACUGAAAAGGAUCUGUUUUUAAGAUAAGAGGUGAGCCAUUGUAGGACGGUACCCUUGAUACCAAUCAAAUGCUCUAAGCACCAAAGAAGUAUGUUAUGAUCUACAGUAUCAAAGGCAGCUGUAAGAUCAAGUAGCAUCAACACAGUAUUUUUUACCAGCAUCCACUGCCAGUAAAAUGUCAUUUGACAGUUUUAGCAAAGCAAAAUCUGUGCUGUGAUAAGCAGUGAAACCAGACUGUAACAGUUCCAAUAACUCAGCUGAAUUUAAAAACAAGAUCAAUUGUGACUGCACAACUUUCUCUAACAGCUGUGACAGAAACGAUAGCUUAGAGACCGGCUGAUAAUUAUUAAAGCAACCUUCAUCCAAACCCUGUUUCUUAAGCAAAGGUUGAACAAUAGCAUGCUUUGAACAAUUCGGGACCACCCUAACAAACAAAGAUGAAUUUAUCAACACCUGGAUACUGGGGCCAAUUACGGAAAAAAUUGCUUUUAUAAUCUCAGAGGGAACAUCAUGUGAAGUGGAAGUUAUUUUCAUCUGGUUAACCAGAUCACACAGUUCCUUUAGAGAAACAUGUUGAAAAUGAUAAAAGGAAACCGGUAUUGUCAGUGAAUUCAGGGACAGGUCUGAGAAAUGGGAAGUGAAGGAAGAAAGAAUGGCUAUUACUUUAUCAGCCAAAAACAUUAAAAAUCUCUCACGAAGUUCAACCGAGGAUUCCCCAUGGAACUCGAAUUAAUUAUUGAAUUAAUCAUGGUGAAUAAAAUCUUAGGUCUAAGAAUCAAGAGGCCCGAUUGGAAUGAGCAAAGAUGUACACAAGAGAUGAGACACAAAAGUUCUGGAACCAAGAUUAACUUCUACCAAAGUGUGCAGAAAGAAAGGAUCUGCUCACGAUCCAAAAUACAUGAACUAAUCGGUCAUGAAUGGUGGAGGUAGUAUCAUGGCUUGGGCUUGUAUGGCUUCUUCUGGACUGGGCUCACUAAUCUUUAUUGAUGAUAUAACUCAUGAUGGUAGCAGCAGAAUGACUUCAGAAGUCUACAGAAACAUUCUUUCUGCCAAUGUACAGAGAAGUGCAUCCAGACUAAUUGGGAGGAAUUUCAUCAUGCAGCAAGACAAUGACCCAAACAGCACUGCCAACACAACAAGGGACUUUAUCAGGGGUAAAAAAAAAAAAAAAAAGGAAG